UGACGUCACUUUACAGUCCAACUGGAAAAGGGCCUCCAUUUAUAGUGCUGAAUCAAUUGGUUUACUGGGAAUUUUCAAUCGUACUGUAACUGUAGCAUCGUAAAGUAUUAGUGCAAACAAAUAAAUUUAUUCAGUUUAAUAUUUAAAGAUCUGAUGGCUGAAACAGAUAAAUUGAAUAUUGAUAGUAUUAUAGCACGGUUAUUAGAAGUCCGUGGUGCAAGGCCCGGGAAAAAUGUCCAGUUAACGGAAAGUGAGAUCCGAGGUUUGUGCUUGAAGUCUCGUGAAAUAUUUCUUUCCCAACCGAUUCUUCUGGAAUUAGAAGCUCCUCUGAAAAUAUGUGGUGACAUUCAUGGCCAGUAUUAUGACUUACUCCGGCUAUUUGAAUAUGGAGGAUUUCCUCCUGAGUCCAACUACUUGUUUCUUGGAGACUAUGUGGACAGAGGAAAGCAGUCACUUGAGACAAUUUGUCUUCUGCUUGCAUACAAGAUCAAAUAUCCAGAGAAUUUCUUUUUGCUAAGGGGUAACCAUGAAUGUGCAAGCAUAAAUAGGAUAUAUGGCUUCUAUGAUGAAUGCAAGCGGCGGUAUAAUAUCAAGCUCUGGAAAACAUUUACAGAUUGUUUUAACUGCCUCCCAGUAGCAGCAAUUGUUGAUGAAAAGAUCUUUUGUUGUCAUGGUGGCCUAAGUCCGGACCUACAAAGUAUGGAACAGAUUCGACGAAUUAUGAGGCCAACCGAUGUUCCAGAUCAGGGACUUUUGUGUGAUCUGUUGUGGUCAGAUCCUGACAAGGAUACAAUGGGUUGGGGCGAAAAUGACCGAGGCGUGUCUUUCACAUUUGGUGCAGAGGUUGUUGCCAAGUUUUUGCAUAAACAUGACUUUGAUUUGAUUUGCAGAGCACAUCAGGUUGUGGAAGAUGGUUACGAAUUCUUUGCCAAACGGCAGUUGGUCACACUUUUCUCAGCACCCAACUAUUGUGGUGAGUUCGACAAUGCUGGUGCCAUGAUGUCUGUGGAUGAAACACUUAUGUGCUCCUUCCAGAUACUUAAGCCGGCUGAUAAGCGCAAGUUUGCAUAUGGUGGCCUCAAUGCUGGACGUCCAGUGACACCCCCUCGUGGUGCCACUAACAAGAACAAGAAGAAGUGAGCUAUUGCAUAGGUGUGGGCUUCAUUUGUUGGUUGCGUACCAAGCUCCACUCCUCUGUGUAACAGUCAAGAUGACACGCUGCCACAGCAACAUCAAGCAAAUAGCGCUGACCUCUGCUCAUUGGGUCAGCAGUUCGUACAUAGCAGCAUAACUUAAUAACAUUACUUCACUAAGUUUCGAUUGUCAUAACUCUGAGAGGAAAAAGAUACUUUCUUUUAAGCUGUGUAUGAGUAAUUGAGUGAAAUAUCAGUGACGAGAUGCCAAAAUUUGUUUUCUUUGACUGUGAUGUUUCUUUGUGGGGGGGGGGGGACAUAUUCUUUGUUCUUUUUUAAUUAUGUGGCUAUUUGAUCAUUGAGCUUUGUAUUUUUAUUGUGUUGUCCUUUCCUUUUUGUGUUGUGCACUUGACUGCAGUGGCCAGUUGAUGCCUGCAGACCUGUGGGACAAAUUACGUGAAUCUGCACCUGAGAAAUAUAAUACUAUAGUGUGAUUGAUCUUAGUGUAUUAAGCAAUGAGAAUACCAUAUUUUCUCAAAUCAUCAUCCUUUGGUCCAAUUAGAAGCCUGUUGUGUGGUUUGUGUUUCAGGUAUGUAAAAGAUAUUCUGUUGACCAUAUGAUAGUUAGAUCUACGGACUUCAAAAAAUAACUUUAAAUAUCACACAGUUGUUAAGAACAACAGUAUAAUGAUGGAAUUUUGGUUAUUCAAUAACAGUGAAUGUUGUGAGAAAAUAUGGUAAUAGUGUUUCAGUGGUCAGGCUCUGAAAAGUGGCUGCCUCUUUACCCAUGACCUUGUCCUGCCCACCAGCAUUUGAACACUGCACCUAAGUUAGUCAUGUGAUUUACUUAAUACUAUCAUUGCAGGGGUGUAUAAUUCAUGAAUGGUAGUACAUUAAUCUGCUUUAUCUUUCGUCCAUGGAAGUAUCGUAAAUGUGUUUGUAAGUUAUUACUGUUGUAGUAUGCCCCUUAUUAAUGUCCAUUCAUUCAGUCACGUCUCCCACAUAGGAUAUAAGAAAGAUGUAAAAAAGUUGUUUGACAUUAUUCAUUGCAUCUUGCCAGGUGAAACUGCUGAAAACAUGAUUUUGAGGAGGGUGGGUGGGUGAAACUUUGUUAAUGCCAAUCCUUCCAUUAAUUCCAUCUCUACCCUUGGGACAUUUAUGUUACUUUAUACAUAAAAUUAGGGUAAAUAUGAAUUCUUGUAAAUAAUUCAGCAUCUGAUACAUCUCUAGGGUAGAGUCAUAGUUUAUUUUUCUCCUUUCAUGUUUUAGCCUAAUAAAAUAUUUUAGAAAUGAU